CACUUUAGUAAAUUCACAAAUCACCCACACCAAUUUCCCUCUUAUCCUACACCCCACCCAUCAUCAUCAUCAACCUUCAAACACUACAUCAAAAUUUUCUCUCUCCUCCCCCAAAAUGGCGGUUCGGGCUAGCCUGACCCGAUUCCCCAUAAACCCGGAUGAACAAGAAUCAUCGGGUCUACCAUGGGGAAUAACAGUUACACCAUUUUCUAGAAAAGAUGAGAAUGGAAAUCCACCGUUGAUGGGAUCAGACGGUGAGAAUUUACCGAGGUGUGAGAAUUGUUGGGCUUACUUUAAUUCUUAUUGUGAGCUUGAUCAAUGGGCUUGGACUUGCUCUCUUUGUGGUACUCUUAAUGGGCUUUCAGCCCAUUCUAUUGCUAAGUACUCUCAUCCUCAAUCUUGUCCUGAGAUGUCUUCUUCUUUCAUUGAUCUUCAAUUGCCUUUGGAAGGAUAUGAGGAUGAAUCAAUGCAGGCUCGUCCAGUCUAUGUGGCAGCAGUCGACUUGUCAUCUUCUGAAGAGUUUCUGGACCUUAUAAAGAGUGCAUUACUGGCGGCUUUGGAAGCCCUUCCUGUCGGAGCUCUCUUUGGGCUUGCUGUUUUCAGCGUUAAAUUGGGGUUAUAUGAUGUUCAAGGGCCCGUUCCAGUAGUGAAGAACAUUCUCAUCCCUCCUGAUGCAGAUGCCACGAUACAAAUAGGGCUUGACGAUGUCAUGCCCUUGUUUUCAUUUUUAGCCCCAGUGGAGACUUGUAAAGAGCGGAUAGCAUCUGCCAUUGAAAAUCUUAAACCAAUGACAUCAUGGGAAAGAUCCGCUGCUGCUAGUCAAGCUCUAGAUGGUGUACUACUAGGUGGCCGAGGUUUCGGAGCAGCAAUGGAGGCCCUCUUCAGCUACCUCGGAUCAGAAUAUGGAACCACCUUUGCCUUAGCUAGGGUUUUUGCUUUUUUAUCUGGUGUUCCUGAUUAUGGAGCCGGGCAGCUGGAUACAAGGCGGUAUGGUGAGCAAUAUGCUAGUAAACGAGAGGAUGCAGACCGUGCUUUACUUCCUGAGCAGACCUCAUUUUACAGGGAUUUGGCUGCUGUCGCUGUUCAAGCAGGUGUUUGUGUGGACUUAUUUGCUGUUACAAAUGAGUAUACAGAUCUGGCAUCCCUGAAGUUCCUAAGCAUCGAAAGUGGAGGUUCACUGUUUCUUUAUCCAAAUACUGAUGAUUCUACACUUCCUCAGGACAUGUAUCGCAUGUUAAGUCGUCCAUAUGCCUUCAAUUGUAUACUACGAUUGAGAACAUCUUCUGAAUUCAAAACUGGUCGCUCGUACGGUCACUUUUUCCCCGAUCCAGAAUACGAAAAUGUUCAGCACAUAAUCUGUUGCGAUUCUUAUGCAACCUAUGCAUAUGACUUUGAGUUUGCCAAAGUUGAGGGCUUUUCGAGACAUGCCUCAGAACCUCCUAUGCUACAAGUUGCUUUCCAGUACUCUGUGGUUGUACCACCUGAGGAGCUUUCAAAUUCAGGAAUGAGUUCUGCAAGUAGGCCCAAGUUUUCAAUCAAACGGCGACUAAGAAUUAGAACUUUGCAGUAUGGAGCUGCUCGUAACAUUAAUGAGCUUUAUGACAGUGUGGACCCUGAGGUGGUUCUUUCGAUUUUGGUUCACAAGGUCAUUCAAGCUUCUCUGGAGCAAGGAGUUCGAGAGGGGAGGAUACUGCUACAUGAUUGGCUAGUUAUUCUUACAGCGCAGUACAAUAACGCCCUUAAGCUCAUCCAGUACGGGACUGGAACUUCUAGUGCUGUUCAACAAAUUGAUGUUGCAUUUGCACAAUGCCCCCAGUUGCAGCCUUUGCCUCGUCUGAUCUUUGCUUUGCUUAGAAGUCCUCUGCUUCGUCUGCAUGAAGAGGGUGUUCAUCCUGAUUAUCGGAUAUUCUUGCAAUGUCUCUUCAGUGCAUUGGAACCGAGUUCUCUUCAUCGUGCUGUAUAUCCCGUGUUGACAUCAUAUACAACUCCAGAUAAACAAGCAUAUCCACGACAUUCGCUGAGCCGUGCUGCAUUAAUAACCAGUGGUAGUCCAAUAUUUCUCCUGGACGCAUUCACGACUUUGAUAGUGUUCUAUUCUUCAACUGCUGAUCCUGCAUUGCCUUUCCCACCACCUCAUGACUGCUCACUAAGGACGACAAUAAACAAAUUGAAACAAGAGAGAAGUAUCACACCGAAACUCUUAUUCAUCCGAGGAGGGCAGGAUGAUGCUACAGCUUUUGAGAACUUUCUCAUUGAAGAACAAGAUGUUGAGGGGAGUGGCUUCACUAGUGUGAUGGGAUUUGUUUCAUUUUUGGAAGAUAUAAAUCGUAGUGUUUUGGAGUAUAUGAAGUAGACUUUAGAAAAUAGGUAUGCCACACUAAUUAUAUGUGCAGAGAAUAUCAGAUCUAUACCCUGAAAUCAAUGAAAUAAGAUUUCAAAGAGGGAAAAACUGAUGCGAUAGAACUAUGCAGAGUUGUUUGGUAGAUCUUAGUGCCCUAGUUGAAAGUCUGCUAGAGAUGUCAAUCCGUAAGGGUACAUCAACCGACAAGAUGAAGCGACAACAAUGUCGAUACGAGGAGACGUUUGAGGCUUAAUUGAAUUGAAAUUUGCUGUUUUCAGAGAUCUGUUUAUCCGAUUGCGGGAUUUUGAUAGUUUACUUGAGAACAAAUUGUAUCAUCUGGCUUAAUGUGUACACUUUGUAUUUGUUUCCUGCCCUGAAAAUCCAAUUCUGUUUUACU